AUGCCCACCCCGGCCUCAUCUUCUUCCACAACUGGGCAAGAGCGAGAUCCAUGUACCGAUACCAAGACAACACCGACAACAUCCUCCUCGGAAUCCAAAGAGCAGGACCGGCUCACCCUACUCGGCCUCCCCACCGAACUCUUCGAGCGCAUCGCACAACUAGCAGAACCAAAAGACCUGCUCAGCCUCCGCCUGGCCAGCAAAGCCGCCGCCAAAAAGACAGACAGAACAUUCGUGUCCGCGCACUUCAGCGAGCGCACGUUCAUGCCGAGCUCCGAAGCCAGCCUGCACAGAUUCGUAGAUUUUGGUUGGCACCCAUUGUACGGCAAGGCGUUGCGAAAGAUCACGUUUUGCGUGGAGGAACUGCGCCCGCUAUCGACCGCGCCACCUGACGAGCUGCGGCCGGGCUUUGGAGAGAUUCGCCCUCGACCCCAGGCUGGCGGCUUGCGAUUGGCGCGCUAUCGGAAGCUUCUCGACGACCAGGUUGAUUUGCGCAGCAAGCGACGAGACUGGGAUCUUCUUCGUCUGGCUUUCCUCGCUCUCAAAGGCCACGACAAUGUCCUCGAUAUCAGUAUCAUGGCCGUUGGCGAUGAGCAGCUUCCCAGCCGUGAAUUCGGGGUGAUUCGCUCGUCGACGGGCCGCAAGCCGGUCCCUACCAGCAAUAGUAUUGAGUGCUGGCAACUGGUGGCAGCCGCCAUAGUGUCCAGCAAGGUGCGCGUGGGCAACAUGCAGACUGGCAGCCAUGAGAAUUGGGUGCUGCCCAUGGACCUGGUCAUGCAAUCUGAAAGCUGCUCGCUCAAAACCACUUCCCUCUUCGGCCAGCUGCGCAGCCUCGAGCAGUGGUGGCGCUUCGACACCAUGGAUGACGAAGAAAUCGCCAAAUUCGCCCGGCUCUUCCGGGAUCUGAAGAACCUGACGCACCUGAGCCUGCGCUAUUGGUACGGUUCCGACGAGUUAUGGGAGACAUGGCGAAUCGCCCAAGCCAUGAUGAUGUUGUCGAUACAAGCCCCUGCGCUACGAUCGCUGGAAGUAUUCCACUUGAUGCUUUCCCUUGAGCAGUACGUCCGCUUCCUCGGACACUUCCCUCGCCUUGAGAGGGUCGGAUUUCGGACUUGCUCAUUCUCCGUGGUGGGGAAUCUCGAUGGGAUCGAUCGCCAUUCGUAUGUAAACGUGGCACGCACUCUGAAGAGGCUGACGGGCGUGAGCGACAUGGUGUUUGAAAACUGCAAUGAUCGCCUGCGCAGUGAUUUCGAUUGGGAAGACCAAUUUGAGAUCGAGGGGGGGUGGGAGUGA